GUAAAACUCAAAGAUGUGACUAUGGCCUUUACUCAGAAGGAAUGGGAGCAACUGGAUCCUGUUCAGAAGGACCUGUACAAGGAUGUGAUGCUGGAGAACUACAGCAAUGUAGCGUCAAUGGGGUAUGAAACUGCCCCAUCAGACAUAAUCUCCAAGUUGGAAAAAGGAGAGGAGCCAUGGCUGAGAAAGAAGAAGAGGCCACGGCCAGGCUGUGUGAGUGAACUAGCAAGACAGAAGCACAGAGAAGCCAGUGAAGAAGAAGCCCAGCAAGAUGAUGACCCAGCAGAGAAGCACCAGGAGUCUCAAAAUAAACACUCUAAGGAAACUGGACUCAAGAAGGAACUUCUGUCAAGAAAGAAAGGCCUUGAGUGUAGUUCACUGGAGAAAAAAGUUAAUGUGAGUGCAAAACAUGUUUCUUCCCCCAAAAAGCGCCUAAAAUUUGAUUCACAUGGAAAGAGUUUGAAACAGAGCGUAGACUUAACUGUACAUAUAAGAAAUGGUGCGAAAAAGAAGUCUGCUGCAGCUAAAGAACACAAGAAAUCACUCAGUUGUAGUUUGUCUGAUACCAAGAAACACAAACGCCAGACUGGGAAGAAACAUGAGAAAUUAUCCAGUGAUAGCUCAUCUGAUAAGUGUGGCAACACUCAAACUGGAAAGAAACGUAAGAAACCAUCCUGCCAUAACUCGUCUUCUACUAAGUGUGACAAAACUGAAGCUAAAGUGAAAGCCUACGAAUGUAACCAGUGUGGGAAGGUUCUCAGCCAUAAGCAAGGACUCACUGAUCAUCAGAGAAUUCAUACUGGGGAAAAACCAUAUGAAUGUGAGGAAUGUGGGCUAGCCUUUAGCCAGAAGUCUCACCUUGUUGUACAUCAGAGAGUUCACACUGGAGAAAAACCAUAUGAAUGUAGUCAGUGUGGCAAAGCCCAUGGUCAUAAACAUGCCCUCACUGAUCAUCUACGAAUUCAUACUGGUGAAAAGCCUUAUGAAUGUACAGAAUGUGGGAAAACAUUCACACAUAGCUCAAACCUCAUGCAACAUGUGCGGUCUCAUACAGGGGAGAAGCCCUAUGAAUGUAAGGAAUGUGGAAAAUCCUUUCGAUAUAACUCCUCUCUUACUGAACAUGUGAGAACGCAUACAGGUGAAAUACCAUAUGAAUGUCACGAAUGUGGAAAAGCCUUCAAGUAUAGCUCCUCCCUUACUAAACAUAUGAGAAUUCACACAGGUGAGAAACCCUUUGAAUGUAAGGAAUGUGGGAAAGCUUUCAGUAAAAAGUCACACUUAAUUAUACAUCAAAGAACUCAUACUAAGGAGAAGCCCUAUGAAUGUAAAGAAUGUGGAAAAACCUUUGGACACAGCUCAUCUCUUACUUACCACAUGAGAACUCACACGGGUGAAAGUCCCUUUGAAUGUAAUCAAUGUGGAAAAGCCUUCAAACAAAUUGAAGGCCUCACUCAGCAUCAGAGAAUCCAUACUGGAGAGAAACCAUAUGAAUGUAAUGAAUGUGGGAAAUCAUUUAGCCAGAAGGCACACCUUAUCGUACAUCAAAGAAUGCACACUGGGGAGAAACCUUAUAAAUGUGAUGAAUGUGAAAAAGCUUUCAGUGCAAGAUCACAGCUUGUGAUACAUCAGAGAUCCCACACUGGCGAGAAGCCCUAUGAAUGCAGUGAAUGUGGGAAAUCGUUCAAACAGAAUACUUCCCUGACCAAACACGUGAAAACUCACUCAAAAGUGAAAUCUCAGGAGUAAAGUGAAUGUAGGAAAACUUUUAAGAUUGAACGGAGGCUUUUAUUUAAGUUAGGAACAUUUUUUAUUUAACGGAUGUCAAAAAGCCUUUAGCAAGAAGUCACACCUCAUUGUGUAUGAGGGGAUUUGAAAAUGAUUCUUUGCACUGAAGCAGCGGAUGGAAAUAAGAGUUCAAACAUGACACCAAAUCUCUUAUGGAGAACAGUGUUUCAAAAAAAAAAUGAUUACAAAUGAUCUUCAGUCUGAAAUAUAAAACUUUAAAAAUUGUCAAUGAUGUGAAUAAUUAGAAUGAGAGGAACAAAUAUCUUGUAUAUAUCGUUGUAUAUAUAAUUUCUGAGUUAUUUGGAUGUUGUGUAUAUAAGCACCACAAAUUAUAAUUAAAUUUCAAAGCCUGUGUAUCGCCGUGUGUAAGGAACUAUGUCUAUUUGUUUAAUUGUCCUUUUUCGUAUUAGUCCUCAGCUCUUAAUGCCGUCAUCUGCUUCUGGAACAGGGUUGUUAUUUAUGUAAGAAUGAAAUGUUUAUAUAAAAUUGAGAGAAGGAAACAAAAGAGCAGGUGAAAAUAUAUACCUGUGAUGCUAGAGGAUAUCAAAGAUCUGUUAAAUGGAAGAAACAGUUUUCAGAACCUAGCAUAUACUUCCUUUGUAUACAAACGUGAGUGUGUGCGUUUUCCUCUGUCCCUCUGAAUCUCCAUGUUGCUAUGUGUGUAUUUGUAGGUGUAUUGACAUUUCUACGUUAACAGAUUGUCUUUGAAAAAAUACAGAUGAAAUUUAAAUAUGAUUGCCUUUGUAUGAUAGAAUAUAGAAUUGGAGGUCUGGGAUGGGAAGGAGAGCUCCUUUUUGUUGAAUAUCGUUUAAAUUGUAUUAUCAUGUGUGCAUAUAAUCACAAUUCAAAUACUUUCAAUAUGCAUAAAUUAGUAAUUAAAAUUUUCAUGGACGCACAAUGUUGUUUGGUAAAAUAAAAAAACUCUAAACCCA